AUGAACCUGCUGUACCCAUUUUGGGAAGACAAUGGGGACAACUUCCAAAGCGCAGCAGAGAUCAUGCGAACAGCGCUGGCAGGUACAGAGCCAUUUGAGGUCCACCUCGCCUCUUUUAACGUCUUCCACCACGGCAAGAGCUGCACUGUGUGGCUGCAGCCAACUCCCUCACCGCCUCUCAUCGCCCUUCAGCGCACACUGGAAGCUGCCUUCCCUGAGUGCAAUGACCUCAGCCAAAUUGUGGCUGACCGCUUCUGCCCUCACCUCUCCGUUGGCCAGCGGACCCUGUUCCCAUCCACUCCCUCAGAUCCUCAGCCCUCCUAA